GUAGCGGGGGGUCAAAAUGGUGUCCAAAGCUAUCUGUUAUCACCUGCCGGUGUUCCUGUAUUAUCUGUACGUUGUGAUGUACGACUUUGUAAACAAUAACCAUGGCAGAGGUAGAUAUGGAGGGAGGCUCCAGUUUCUCACCGUCUGGAACGAGAUUCUUCAGACACUCUACUUUGGUAUUGCCACCCUGAACGAUUUCUGUGGCAGUGAUGUUCGGCCGUCUCAUUCAAAGGAUAUCCAGGGGAGAAAGUCUGUCCUACAAAAACUUCGUGAUAUCCUCCUCGCAUCAGUUGUAUUUCCUGCAGGAACGUUUGUAGUUUGUACCUUUUGGGGUAUCUAUGCAGUGGAUAGAGAACUUAUCUCCCCUAAAAGUCUGGAUGGCCUUAUACCAGUCUGGAUCAACCAUGCCUUGCAUACAUUUGUUCUUCCCCUGCUGAUUGUGGAGUUAGCUAUUGUGUAUCAUCAGUUUCCACGGAAACGUACAGGACUUGCAAUUGUGGUCAUAUUUGCCUUAGCCUAUCUGAUUUGGAUCCUUUGGAUAGCCUAUGUGACCGAUUUCUGGGUUUACCCAUUCCUCAAAGUCAUGCCUGCUUAUUAUCGCGUGAUCUGGAUCGGCGCGUUCAUGGUCUUCUUUCCGUUUCUCUACCUGAUCGGAGACUUUAUCAACAAGACAUUAUGGGGUAAGGAUACCCGAGCAGGUUUAAUGAAAAUGAAACGGCAAUGAGGCAAGGUAUAGUGUUUAGACCACGAGUAAACAUACAUGUAGGUCAAUGGAGAGCUCAGGUGUGUGAUAAAAUUGUUUAAAGUAAGGGAUACUAAUAUAACAAACUUAUAGAUGUGCCAUUAAAAUAUCAGCAGAACAUUGUCUCACAUCAGAACAGUAAGCAAGAUGGAAAACAGGGUUGGACUGUAAUGGUAGCCAGGUAUUAGGCGUUCAUGAAUCUGUCUGGGCUGCACAUGGAUGUCUUAAAAUAAAAUAGAAACUUUAUUUAUUUUACAACAAUUAUGAGACAAGUUAUUUCAACUUAU